GGUGAGGGCAGCAUCAGCCUGUAGGAGAGAUGAACUGUUGCCGGUACCCUGUUGAUGUGAAAGCUGUUGGCUUGAUGCAGUGCAGAAAGCAGAAGAAGUACAUGAUGGCUGUGUCCUGGUCAGACCGAAACAACGUUCUCAUCUAUAGGACUUUCGAAGAGUUUAAGAAAUUCCAUAAAGUACUGAAGAGAAAAUUCCCCAUAGAAGGUGGUUUACUGAAGAAAUCUGACCGGAGCAUUCCAAAGUUUCAAGAUGCAAAACUGAUGCAGAGAAAGAGCAGGAAUGUGAGCAGGUCAAUGGAGAGAUUGAAACUGCUGGAGACUUACUCCCAGGAGCUGCUGAAAGCGGAUGCUAAAGUCUCCCAGAGCGAAGAUGUGAUCCAGUUUUUCAAAGCACAAACCCAAGACCUAGAUCCUUCCUUUCCAAAAAACAGCAUUAUAAUUAUGCCCUCAGAAAUGGGAGAUGGAAAGAAAGACCAGUCCAAGCAGCAGAACCCAUCUGUUACUCAGCCAGUGGUCUCCCAGAACUACAGCUGCAUCGAAGCCUAUGAAACCAAAGACACAAAGAACAGACCCUUCAAAGUUGCCAAGAAGGAAAUUGUCGAAGUGUUAAUCAAGGAUGUGACUGGGUGGUGGCUGGUGGAGAACAAGGAUCAGCAAAUAGCCUGGUUCCCAGCUCCGUAUCUGGAGGCGAGAGUAACUGGGGAGGCGAGUCUGAAUGCCAGAGAACUGGAUGAGGCGGGGACUCUGUAUUACGCCGUGCGGGCCUACAAGUCUCAGAAGGCCGAUGAGCUCUCUCUGAAUGUCGGGGUAGUUGUGGAGGUGCUAGAGAAAUCUGACAAUGGCUGGUGGCUGAUCUGGUACAAUGAGCACACUGGCUACAUCCCCUCCAUGUUCCUCCAGCCGUACAAGAACCCGCACAGCAAGUUCCAAACGAUGGUGAACCCUGGCCUCUGCGUCUCCACCCCUAACCUGCUGCAGGCCACCAGCCCCUCCAACUGGAGUUCCCUCCCCCAGCGCAAGACACUGGUGCCCCCCACUCACUCAGCGCAGGAGACGCCCAUAAAGAACAGGGAUCCUCUGAGCAGAACGAGAUCGAGAUCUCUGAGCGGCCCGCUGACUGGGGCGGAGAGCGCAGCCAGCUCCAGCCUCACGUCUGAGCUAGACAGUCUGUCUGUUAGUUCAGGGAGCGGGAGCGAACACGGCUUCAGCCAGGAUUGGAAGGCAGGCUCAGCAGGGUCUUUGCCUGGCCUCAAGCAGGCCGGGCCUGGCCUCCUGCAAGCGAGCCUAGGUCAAGCGUCGGCCAGUGGAGGCAGCAAAGCUCCUCACCUCACCACCAAGGAUAGGAAUGAUUCUGGCUUUGAGGAGGAGUCUCCAAGCGACUCAGAUUCUUUCCUUCACAGCCCAGACUCUGCUGCCAGCGUCCCCAAGGUGCCGGCGCGACCCGCGGUCCAGGAAAUCCUCCAGAAAUGCAGCACUGUGACCAAGAGAGCUGUGCAAAGGGCUGCCCCCAGGCCUAAUCUGCACUCCUCACCUCACCUCCACCCCGGAGGGGAGACGUGUGCAAAGCCGACGGAUGCUCUAGAGCAUGUGUGCCUCAGAUGAGAUUCCGUUAUCGCCCUGAGCUGGAGGGUGGAGACUGCAGUGGCUGAAAUUCCUGACAUUAUCCUUGCUCUGCCAUCUUUUAAUGGCCACAAUGGGAAGCUGACUGAGGAAGAUCAGCGCUUGUGAUGGUCGUGCUGAGAGGACGGACUCGGCCUUUAACUCCUGGUUGGAAGCUGCUCUGGCUGGUUUGCGUUAAUGCACUAGUCUCGCUGUUCACAUGGGAAGAACUGGAGGCUGGAAUGCCGCAGGAUUGUCCCUGCUGGAGAUACUGCACCAGAUCCACAACUGGUGUAAAUGGGGUCAUUCCAUGGACUUCAGUAGAGCUGUUUAUACCAGCUGAGGCUUUGGCCCACUAACUGGUUAAGAGGUUAAAUGUUAGAGUUAAAUGAAUCCCAGCCAUCUACCUAAGGAUUUCUUUACCCCAUUACUGAGGCCCAGAGGCUAAGUGACUUGGUCAAGGUCACGCAGAAAAUCAGAGUAGGAAAUCAAACCCUCAGCUUGUAAGUGCCAGGCCAGCAACCAAACCACCAGACCAGCCUUCUUCUAAAAGACUUAUCCUAAAGUGCAGUGUUAGAUCAGUGCAGGCUGGACUCCGUUUGCUUUACCCAUUGUAACCACAUCUCACACACAUCAGCACACGUAGUCUCUUAGGAUCCACUGCAGCAUUAGGCGGUUAAGUCCCCACCCUUGUAAACAAUCCGACACCACUAGAUGAAACGAUCACAUUUGAUGGGAGGAGAGGGGGUUCUCUAACCCAGACUUCCUUUCGCUUAUUUUGGUAGAGCCAAGUAAAUAAUUCAUAGGAACCAUUUCAAACUGUCCGGUCCUCCGCUCUGUCCCCAAAUUGACCUGCGAGCAGUUUGGAAUGUUGUUGGAUAAUGGGGUGAAAGUGGAGGUUUGGAAGUGGUUUACAAGGCAUAUAUUUUGCAGUUGUUCUCCCCAUUUCACAAACUGAAAACUAGCUAGUUGCCAACCCAACAUAUUGAGCUUUUCAGAAUCUGUUAAGUGACAAGUGGCUACCCUCUGUAGAAAGAGCAAUAACUGACAGCCAAAGACUUCAGUAAUUCGAAGAGAAAAGAGGGCUCACGGCUGCCUGCAGAAUUCUAACAGCGUUUAAGCCAAUCCCUGUGCUGAGAGUCCCUGUUCGGUGAUCCAUUUCAGCUCAAAAUCUGCAGUGGAGUUAGAAGAAUGGAAGGGGCAUAAACUGGGAUGCACCAUUAUGAUGUUAAAACAGGCAAAGGAACCUGGCUGGCAGGGCGUAACACAUGCAGAGUUGUAGCUGAGUAACAGAUACAGGCAGCUGCCAGCAGAGGGCCCUUACAAGAAGAGAAGGGGGUUAAUGCACAGUAACUCAGAUUAAAGGUCUCUUGCUGCAGGUUACACUAUAGAUAAUAUGGUGCUUGGAUUUUAAGUACUAGUGAUGAGUGCUUUGCAAUAGCUAAGCCACUGGUUAAACGGAGAACCUGAUUCGAUUUAAACAGGGGACUCCAUUCAGCCCAGCCGACUCUCCUGUUUUAUCCUGCAGGUGAGUACCAAUUUAAUAUCAUGAUCAUUGCCAGCGCAGCAGAUCAAUGUAUCAGAGAUGCAGCAGAUACAGAGAGAGACAGACAGACAGACAGCUGCUGAUUUCUCCUGGAAGCUGUUACAAGUGGAGAGUAAAGUGAAACUGGUGCCCAGCUUGUCAUGGCAGAGUUUCAGGAUCUUGAGCCCGGGCUCUGCAGAAACCAGGACCCAUCAGCUGUGCUUCUCCUCCUAAUUAAUUAGCUUGCAAAACAGUUUGAGGAUGUAAAAAGCUAUACAAUAAGCGCUGAGCAGCAGUAUUAGUUCAGUCAGCACAGGUCUGAAGACCAAGAUUCUGAUGAAAAUACUCCUGUAGGGACAGGGAGCUUUCCUUCAGCAGCUCUGCAUUUCACUGAUUAUUUCUGAUCUGUAGAUUUCUUUUCAUAACGUCAUUUGCAUUUUCAACCAGCCCUGGGCUUAUUGAAUGCAAACAAACUAGGUUAGAACAACAUUGCAGGGCUGCAAGAAACUGAUCAGAGCAAGAUCACAGGUGUAAUUCUAUCCCUCUCUAUAAGCCCAUUGCUAUCAGCGCAGCUGUAAGCAGUAGAGCCGAGAUGUUGGCAUAGUGGGGUGAGUAAAUGACUGGAGAAGUAGCCUUAAGGAUAAUUAGCCCUAACGUCAUAUUUUGAUACGUGGCACUGCUCUUUCUCUAGUAACAACAUUUUAAGGCCCUGAUUCAGCAAACCACUUUAGGCACAUGCAUGUUUACACUUUGUAAACAGCAAAGAUUAUACCUAUUCAAGGAGUUACCACCCCAGAGACUUUUCCCUUCAGUAUUGCCAUCAUGCAGCUAGUCACAGGAUCUGGGCAGAAGAUACAACCUAAGCCAAGCAGCUGUUCCAUCAGGCAUCCAGCGGCCUCCCGGAGUUACAGAUGCAUUACAGCCUCUGAAACCAGACACAAACGGAUCCUUUCAAGUUAACAAGGCUCCAGUCCCCAGUGGAUUAAUCAGGGCCACAAAAGGCAAGUUUUCCAUGUGUUGUCAUUUGGAGCUUAAGAUGUGAAAUAAAAGAUUAGCCACAUUGGAGUCUCCACUGAAAGGUUUUGUGGUUAAGAACUGCCAACAAAUCUGUUUGUGGGAUCUGCUCUUAUGGAAAUGUAUUUGAUCAAGAGAAAAAUAGGCUUGCAGCUCUUCUGCUUGUUACAUGCUCCUUUCUGCUGGUGGCUGCAUGGUGGUAGCUGGUGGUGGUGGAGGACUAGCUAAGCCUGGUUCUUAGUUCCGUUUCUGGACAAGACAAUUAGGACAGUCACAGAAGAGGGUGAGUUUCAAUGCAAGAGCUCCCAUUUGAUUUCUGCCGUAUCUAUCCCAUUGCCACCUUUGCUCUGCAUAUCCAGACUUUGACCCCAAAGUUCUCAAAACACUUGAAACAGGCUGGCUGAAUGUCAUUAUCCCCAUUUUACAGACUGAGGAAACCGAGGCCUAAAGAGGCUAAGUAUUAGAGCUGGGGAUAGAACUCAGGCCUCUUGACUUGGCCUUAACAGUGAAAAAUCAUUGAUAACUUUCUGCGAGAAUAUGGCAGCAAUCAGCAGAUUCCCCCCAAUCAGGUUUCCAUAGAGAGGAUUUUCAAACAUUUCAGGGUCUGAAUAUAAGUGCUUGAAAACACAUUCACAUGAAAGAGUUCUUGGCACAGUAAAAGUGAUAAGCACAAU